AUGUCUCGCCAGUGCGCUGCGAGGAGCCAGAGCAAAACUGGCUUCAGUGCUGCUUCCGCCUUCAUCCCAAAUGCUAGCAGCACCAGCUUCUGCGCACUUUCUGCAACCCAAGGUGGAAGCUGCGGUACCCCCACUGGAUAUGGAAGAUUUGGUGGAGGUUUUGGAAGCAGGAGCCUCUACAGUCUUGGUGGAUGCAAGAGGAUCUCCCUGGCUGGAAGAGGUGGUGGCUUCUACGGACCUGCAGGUUUUGGUGCUGGUACUGGGAUCUCCUGUGGUUUUGGUGGUGCAGUUGGCGGUGCCUUCGGGUUUGGUGGUGGCAUGGGUGGCCCUGGAUUCCCUGCUGUCCCUGCUAGGGGCAUCCAUGAAGUCUCAGUCAACCAGAGCCUUCUGAAACCUCUCAACCUGGAGAUUGAUCCCAACAUCCAGAGCAUCCGCAAGAAUGAGAAGGAUCAGAUUCAAACCCUCAACAACAAAUUUGCCUCCUUCAUUGACAAGGUCCGAUUCCUUGAACAACAAAACAAGGUCCUGGAGACCAAGUGGGCCCUUCUGCAAGAACAGGGCAACAAAACUGUCAGAAAUGACAUUGAGCCGCUCUUCGAGACCUACAUCAACAACCUCAGGAGACAGCUGAACAGCUUGCUGACAGACAAGGAGAACUUAGGAGGGGAGCUGAACAAGGUGCAAAGCCUUGCUGAGGACUUUAAGAACAAAUAUGAAGAGGAGAUCCACAAGCACACAGCUGUCGAGAAUGAAUUUGUGAUCCUGAAGAAGGAGGUGGAUGCUGCCUACACAAACAAGACAGAGCUUCAAGCCAGGCUGGACUCCCUUUUGGAGGAGAUAGAUUUCCUCAGAGCCCUCUAUGAAGCUGAGCUGUCUCAGAUGCAAACCCAGAUCUCUGACACCUCUGUCAUCCUGACCAUGGACAACAACCGCAGCCUGGACAUGGACAGCAUCAUCGCAGAAGUCAAAGCGCAGUACGAGGACAUCGCCAACCGGAGCCGGGCAGAGGCUGAGUCUUGGUACCAGUCCAGGUACGAAGAGCUGCAGGCUACGGCAGGCAGGCAUGGGGAUGACCUCCGUACCACCAAGCAGGAGAUCUCCGAGCUCAACCGCCACGUCCAGCGGCUGCGGGCUGGAAUAGACAGCGGGGAGAAAAAGUGUGCAAGUUUGCAGACAGCCAUUGCAGAUGCUGAGCAGCGUGGGGAGAUGGCUGUCAAGGAUGCCAGGGCAAAACUGGCUGAGCUGGAGGCCGCCCUGCAGAAGGCCAAGACAGACCUGGCCCAGCAGCUCCGUGAGUACCAGGAGCUCAUGAACGUCAAGUUGGCCCUGGACAUCGAGAUUGCGACCUACAGGAAGCUGCUGGAGGGCGAGGAGUGCAGGCUCUCUGGAGAAGGUGCCGGCGCAGUGAAUAUCUCUGUGACCAGAACCACUGUAGGAACAGGAUAUGGAAGCGGAAACUGUCUCAGCUUUGGAGGCAGCAGUGGUGUUGGAGGUGGGGUCUGUGCUGGAGGAAUGGGCUUCAACUCUGGAAGUGCACAAGGCACAGCUGGGUCAUGUGUGGUCGGUGGAAGCAAUUCCAGCGUGAAGUACGUCUCCACCACCUCUUCAACCAGGAGAUCUAUCCCAUUAUUCAGCAUUUCAGCUAAGCAGAGCAUCCAGGCUCCCUUUGUAGCCAACAAAGGGGCACAGACGUCAGUCGGCAUUAGGCCAGGAGAACUCAUUAAGAGUUUCAGUGCUCCUUCUGCCACCAUGCCUGUUAGCCGAAGUGGUUUCAGCUCCAUGUCCAUGUCCCGCAGCAGUGGCGGAGGCACAGGAUGGAUCAGCGGUGCUUUUGGCAGCAGGAGCCUUCACAAUCUUGGGGCAAGCAAGAGGAUUUCCAUGAGUGGAGGGCAUUGUUCUCCUAGACCGGGAUACAGCUAUGUGUCAGGUCAUGGCGGGCUUGCAUAUAGAGUUGGUGGAGCUGGGUUUGGGUUUGGAGGAGGAUGUGGCCCUGGAGGUAUUCAGGAGGUCAUGGUCAACCAAAACCUCUUGGUACCUCUUAACUUGGAGAUUGACCCCAACAUGCAGAGAGUGCGGCAGGAGGAGAAGGAUCAGAUCAAAUCCCUCAACAACAAAUUUGCCUCCUUCAUCGACAAGGUGCGGUUCCUGGAGCAACAAAAUAAAGUACUGGAGAUGAAAUGGAGCCUCUUGAAAGAACAAAAAAUUGUGAAAAAUAACCUUGCACCUAUGUUUGACACAUACAUCGGUAACAUGAGGAGACAGCUCGAGGCUCUAGGAGAGGACAGGCUGCGGCUCAGCUCAGAGCUGAAGGCUAUGCAGGAUGCUGUUGAAGACUUCAAGAGUAGGUAUGAAGAGGAGGUCAACAAGCACACGACUGCAGAGAAUGACUUUGUGUUGCUCAAGAAGGAUGCGGAUGCCACCUAUGUGAACAAGGUGGAUCUGGCAACCAAAGUGGAUGCACUGACAGAUGAGAUUGACUUCCUGCGAGCCCUCUACGAAGCAGAGCUGUCUCAGAUGCAGUCACAGAUCUCUGACACCUCCGUGGUCCUGUCCAUGGACAACAACCGAAACCUGGACCUGAACAGCAUCAUUGCAGAGGUCAAAGCGCAGUACGAGGACAUCGCCAACCGGAGCCGGGCAGAGGCAGAGUCCUGGUACCAGAGCAAGUAUGAGGAGCUGCAGCUCACAGCUGGCCAGUACGGGGAUGACCUCCACACCACCAAGAUGGAGAUCUCAGAGAUGAACCGCGUGAUCCAGCGGCUCCACUCGGAAAUUGAUAGUGUAAAGAAACAGUGCACCAGUUUGCAGACGGCCAUUGCAGAUGCCGAGCAGCGUGGGGAGAUGGCCCUCAAGGAUGCCAGGGCAAAACUGGCUGGCCUGGAAGAUGCUCUGCAGAAAGCCAAGGCCGACCUGGCCCGGCAGCUCCGCGAGUACCAGGAGCUCAUGAACGUCAAGCUGGCCCUGGACAUCGAGAUUGCGACCUACAGGAAGCUGCUGGAGGGCGAGGAGAGCAGGCUGGCUGGAGAAGGCGUUGGUGCAGUGAAUAUUUCCGUGGUCUCAUCUGGGAGCAGCUACGGAGGUGGGAACGCGCUGGGGCUGGGGUCAGGCUUCAGCAACUGGCUCAGCACCGGGGGAAGCGGUGCCAGCUCCAGCGCUGGGAGCUGCCUGGCCGGGGGAUUCAGCUCUGGUGCAGGAAGCAGCUCAAGCAGGAGGUUUGUAUCGAAAAGCACCACCAAGAAGAGCUAUCGGAGCUAA